AUGAUGGUGGCGAGGGCUUCUUGGAAGGAGUACUGGCUGGCCAAGAACGGCGCGACGAAUGCCCCCUCGGCGGUCCCAUCGACACGAGGCGCGGCGCGGCGGAGCAGCCGGACUAGAUGGGAACCCACGAGGCCCGCGUGGUGGAUCGCCAAGAGCCCAGCCAAGGUGCAAGGCGCACCUCCGGUGCUUGCAACGCCUGACCUGGACGGAGGAAGCUUCGACAAGGAGCAGAUAACCGACGUCCUCCAGCACGAGUACAGGCACAAUCUCGUGCGCGUUGCCCAGAAGUACGACUCCCUCAUCGAGAGCGUGGAGGGCGUGGACGCGAUAACCAUCAAGGAGCUGGAUGGGGAUCACAUGCAGCUGGACGUCGUUUACUGCGAUCAGGGAGAGCGAACCUGCGUCGCGGUUGCCGUGCCCGUCGUUUUCCCGUACCACUGCAACGACGCUGACUGCGUUAUUGGCGUCAUCCACGAGCUGGAGGAAGCGGAGAACGUGGAGCCGAGACCAGCCAUGGCGAACGUUCCCCCGAAGUACGUGUCGCCGGAACUUAUCGGGACGAUCGCAAGGAUCUGCGUCGUGAUGAACCGAGAUUUCCAGGACGAGCUGAGAAACUUCGUGCGAGCAUUUGGGGGACCGGUUGCUAACGAGAUGGUGGGGAACUGCGAAAUGCUCUCCCUCUCGCCUGACGGUUUCAUGGUGCGGUCGGAGGCGAACCCAGACAAGCCGGUGUCGAUAGCCUUCUCCAAGGAAUGCCAGUCCGCAUCGGACUUCCAGAAGCAAAUCCUGUUGGUCAGUGAGCGGGCCAUGGCGAUUGCGUAAGUUUUGCGUGCUCACGAGAGGAGGGCUUGGACGGGCAGCAGCUCCUGUAGAUGUUGUGGGGCGAGGGUGUCUUGAGAUCCUUGGAACGCCCGCUUCUGUGGUGUGUAAGUUUGGAUUGCCCUGGUCGUGACGGGAGGGGGAACGAUUCACGCGCGAAGGGGCUUGAAACAGACGGCGGUUUCAGAUUAUUUGCGUGCGAUGCGGGUACUAGAGAGGACAUCUGAGAAUUGUGUCACAUUUUUUUGUUGGCUCGUGGGUAGGUUAGGUUCCGUGUGCGGUAGAGCGAGGGCAGGGACCUGAGGGACCUGAUGAUCGUGGUGAGAUUCAGGCCCGUUGGCAGUGUCCGAGUUCAUACAAGUAGGGAGGGGAGGGGCUUCGUGCAUGACAUCGGUCUUGCGAAAGCAGGGACGGUUGGAUGAGGUCUCCGUGGGCUUCAGAGUUUCAUUGCUUACGUGUAGUUUUCUCAUUUCGGACCGAAGCCGGCGCCGAGUACUUGCUGGUUUGCAAGUUACCAAAAUGAUCAAAUGGUUUACCCGAGAUACGUAGAAGACGGAGGAUUUGUGGAUUAAUGGCCUAUCGGGUUGGUGUCAAGUUGUCACCCGCGGGAAAAGAUGAACGGUGCAGACUGAUGGUUUCCGGGAUGUUUUUUUGGAUCCCCCUCGCUUGAAUGUAUGCUGGUCAUGUAGGUUGUACGAUGGUUUGUCCUGAAUGGGGCGAUGAGGCAAGCCGUCGCCACACCGUCCGAACGGUAUCCUAGGGUCGUCAGCUACUGUAGUAGUAAAGGGCGGCUUUUUAUCUGUUUUCAUGUUUUGUAUCUUGUCAUGUUGUUUCUAAAGCUAUCUCCGCCCUUGCUGUUAUUCUGGCAGGACGAUUUUGUUCGUAGUUUUGUUGUUCUUUCGCUCAUGGCUCCGAGUUGUUGAAUCCUCACGGAGGCGAAGCUCGAAGCUGGUUAUUACCGUUGAUAGCUCACGAGGUUUUCCACGAUGAACAGUGAACAGGCGGGUUGCGAAAGAGACGAAAAAGUGCCGGUUCUGGAGCGGGUACACGUCGUUUAUCAUUCCUUAAUCUUGUUCCCCAAUCAGAAUGUAUGAUCGGCUUGUGGACGUGUUGACUGCUUGACAUACUUGGGUGGUGUUGGGUGAUUUUCGGAACGCGUUUGGGUGGUGGUGAGUUUGGCUAUGUGGCGAAGAGAAGAGAGAUAGUCCGAAGGAAGAUUAUCGAGAGAAAGAAACAAUCUCCGUCCACGCAGACGAUUGAUGUAGAAAAGCAGGCGAGCACGCAUCCAUUCAUGUUUGUGGUAUUUAUGUUGAGUCAAGGAAUCUGAUCCAGAGUUGCGGUGUCAGGGCCUGAAUCACGAAGAAGUUCUUGAUUGGUCAGUCGACAGCAUAUCGAUCGAAGACGUUGAUGGUGCUCAUGCGGGUCCCUGGUAGUUAUAUUUUGAUGUGGCUACGUGUGAUUAGCAAAGGUAUUACGGCGGCCUGAAACGUAUCAUGUGCUUGAUGAGCACUCAGACUCGCUGUUCGAAUAAGAACAAGGAAGAAAUGUCGCUCG